AUGCCAGCAGGAAGUCACUGGACAGUAAACUCUUCCAAGAUCAUAACUUGGCUGUUGGAGUAACUUGGAAAAGAGGAAAAAGAAGAAAUCAUGGCAAAAGUAAAUAGAGCUCGGUCUACCUCCCCUCCAGAUGGAGGCUGGGGCUGGAUGAUUGUGGCUGGCUGUUUCCUUGUUACCAUCUGCACUCGGGCAGUCACCAGAUGUAUCUCAGUUUUUUUUGUGGAGUUCCAGACAUACUUUGCUCAGGAUUAUGCACAAACAGCAUGGAUCCAUUCCAUUGUAGAUUGUGUGACCAUGCUCUGUGCUCCACUUGGGAGUGUUGUCAGUAAUCAUUUAUCCUGUCAAGUGGGAAUCAUGCUGGGUGGCUUGCUUGCAUCUACUGGUCUCAUCCUGGGCUCAUUUGCCACCAGUCUGAAGCAUCUCUACCUCACUCUGGGAGUUUUUACAGGUCUUGGAUUUGCACUUUGUUACUCUCCAGCUAUUGCCAUGGUUGGCAAGUAUUUCAGCAGACGGAAAGCACUUGCUUAUGGGAUCGCCAUGUCGGGAAGUGGCAUUGGGACCUUCAUCUUGGCUCCUGUGGUUCAGCUCCUUAUUGAACAGUUUUCCUGGCGGGGAGCACUACUCAUUCUUGGGGGCUUCGUUUUGAAUCUCUGUGUUUGUGGUGCCUUGAUGCGGCCAAUUACUCUUAAAGAGGACCAUACAACUCCAGAGCAGAACCAUGUCUGUAGAACUCAGAAAGAAGAUUUUAAGCGAGUGUCUCGCUAUUCACCUUUGACCAAAGAAUGGGUGCAGACCUGCCUUUGUUGCUCUUUGAAACAGGAAUAUAGUUUUUUACUGAUGCCAGACUUUGUUGUGUUAGCCAUUUCUGUUCUGUUUAUGGCUUACGGCUGCAGCCCUAUCUUUGUGUACUUGGUGCCUUAUGCUUUGAGUGUUGGAGUGAGUCAUCAGCAAGCUGCUUUUCUUAUGUCCAUACUUGGAGUGAUUAACAUUAUUGGCAAUAUCACCUUUGGAUGGCUAACUGACAGAAGGUGUCUGAAGAAUUAUCAGUAUGUUUGCUACCUCUUGGCCGUGGGACUAGAUGGGCUCUGCUAUCUCUGCCUCCCAAUACUUCAGAGUCUCCCACUGCUCGUGCCUUUCUCUUGUACCUUUGGCUACUUUGAUGGUGCCUACGUCACCUUGAUCCCAGUAGUGACCACAGAAAUAGUGGGGACCACCUCUUUGUCAUCAGCGCUCGGUGUGGUGCACUUCCUCCAUGCAGUGCCGUACUUGGUGAGCCCGCCCAUAGCAGGAUGGCUGGUAGAUACGACUGGCAACUACACUGCAGCAUUCCUUCUCUGUGGAUUUACAAUGAUAUUUAGUUCUGUGUUGCUUGGUUUUGGUAGACUUUUAAAGAGGAUGAAAAAAAACCAACUGCGGAUGAAAAAAACCCAACUGCGGUUUCUUGCCAAAGAACCUGAUCCCAAGUUGCAGCUAUGGACCAAUGGAUCAGUGGCUUAUUCUGUAGCAAGAGAAUUAGAUCAGAAAGAUGGGUAACCUGUGGCUACAGCAGUGCCUGAUUACAACACCACCUGACCAAUAACCUUGAGCCUGGAAAUCUUCAGGGUUGAGAAAGUGGGACUACCAGAUUGUUCAUAUCUCUGAAGCAUUUUACUUCGGAAGAAGUAUUGCCUUCCAAAGAAAUUACCUUUAUUGUUUUGUCAACACUUUUAUAAGGGAAAAUAGCAAAUAAUAAAGAAAGCUGGACUAGCCUAGGCUUUCCUGAUUUGGGAUUUGUACUCACAAUUGAACUCAUAUUUUGGGGCAAUGAGCAUCAUUCCAUGGGGAAUAUAAGGACACAACUGAUAUAAUUAGCUAUAGCCAGGAGUAAUUCAAGGCAUCACCAAAGCAGAUGACACUGGGCAGCAGUCUUAUCAUUCCAAAGUCUCUGCCUCUCCAUUUUCCCUCCUCAGUUAGAAGGUGAGUGGCAACACUGAUGUGUAGGUUUGCUUCCCUCAUGCUGUUUGGUGAGGGGGGUCGGCUUGGGUGUGGUGGUGGAGAGCAAAGAUGCCAAACCUCGUUCAUGGUGGAGUUUCUCAUUAGGGUUUUAAACACGAUUGCUAAAGAAUACUUGAGAUUCUUCAAAAGGCUGUGAUUAAUGUAGAAAGAGAUUGUAUUUCUUUUGUAUUUUUCUCCUCUUGGUCUUCCAGCCAGCUCUUGCCUCUGUCAGUGGCUAGAUACCACUUUGAGAAUCCAAAGAAUCAUGGGAUGCCAUGGUUGGAACAGAUUUUAAAGGGUGGCUGGUAAGAUCUUCAAUUUGAAAUUGUCCACUGGAAACUGAAAGCUUUUUUCCUAAGACUGUGUCCCAGGGGCUCACCUCUGUUACUCUCAUAUACAAUACUUACUCCAAAUUUAGCAGAACACACCAAGUCACAAGGGCGAACUCUCAAUCUUACCUGAAAUGUUAGCAACACCAAAACUUCCCAU